UGUUUUUCUAUCAAAAGCUUAGAUGGAAUUAGCAUCACUCUUUCUUUGAGGAGCUCCUUACAGCAAUCUCCAGAUAUUGUUUUUACAAUCAAAAAGAUCUUGUCAAGAACUAAAAAUGACAUAGAUGUAAGAAUCGUUACCAAAGCCUUUUUUCUCAUAGAAAACUAGGAAAAGACUUCUGAAUUUUUGUCUGUGGAAUGAGCAUUCUCAAAGAUGAAUGUCGUAUUUGUAACGCUUACUCCCACGAGAGACGAGAUCCCUUCAACAACGACGAUUUCUUUUCUUUUUCGUUCAUUGUAGUAAUUCCCAAUAUUCCAGCUACUGCUCGAUGGGCACAGAAUGGUGUGACUGUUGCUGGAGGUCAUGAAGAAGGCAAUGCCACCAAUCAACUCUCCUUCCCUUAUGGUCUCUUCGUUGAUGAUGAUCAAACGAUGGUCAUCGCUGACUGCGUCAAUCAUCGUAUUAUCCAAUGGAAGAUGGAUGAUAUGAAUGGACAAGUAGUAGCUGGUGGCAAUGGCCAAGGAAAUCGAUGGGAUCAAUUGGAUCGACCAACCGAUGUGUUGAUCGAUAAAGAGACAGAUAGUCUCAUUAUUUGUGAUGAAGGGAAUCGACGAGUCGUACGAUGGUCUCGUCGUAGUGGUACAACUCAAGGAGAAAUCCUCAUCGACAACAUCAAGUGUUGGGGAUUGGCCAUGGAUGAUCAGAGAAAUCUCUACAUCUCUGACAUCAAAAAAUGUGAAGUAAGACGGUAUCAAAUAGGAGACAAGAAUGGAACUAUCGUGGCUGAUGGCAAUGGCGAAGGUGCUGGUUUCAAUCAAUUCAACUAUCCGACCUACAUCUUUGUCGAUCAACAACAGACUAUCUACGGGUCAAACAGCAACAAUCAUCGUGUGAUGAAAUGGAAUAAAGGUGCAAAAGAAGGCAUUGUCGUCGCUGGAGGUCAAGGCAAUGGGAAUGCUCUGACACAGGUUUUUUUUCCUCACGGACUCUUCGUCGAUACAUUGGGUACCAUCUAUGUGGCAGACUCGGGGAAUCGUCGAGUGAUGCGUUGGCCUAAAGGAGCGAAACAGGGCACUGUCAUUGUGGGUGGAAAUGGUCAAGGAGCAGGAGCAAAUCAGUUCAACUAUCUCUAUGGUUUGUCCUUCGAUCGACAUGGCAAUCUCUAUGUCGUCGAUAAUGAUAAUCAUCGUGUUCAACGCUUUUCAAUCGAAUAG